GUUCUUAUCAAUGUUAGCAAAUUAAGGCAGAUUGAGGUUCAUUUGCUAUACAUCAACGACCAUGGCUGUGAGCAUUCCGGCAAGCGUGUCACCGUCCACGGAGCAGUUGCUUCCACAGUCAGCACAACAUCUGCACUGCUUCAUUUUGCAGUAGAUUUUCAUUCCCAGUUGUUCAGAUUACGGGAAGUUCUCUGUGCUCCACUUACUGAGAAUCCGAUAGCUGUCACAAGCCACUCUGUUGUUUACCGUACCUUUUCGCAAUUCCCUGCCGCCUGCUAUAGCAGACAAAUUCCUGCCGAGAGAGCUAGACAUUACCAUCAAGCCUUUAUUGGAUCUUUUUUUGAGUAUGAGCCUCUUCAAAACAUUCAGGUAAGGCAUCCCCACCUUUCCCGCUGCCUCUCUGUGCUUGCGCCAUCCAGCUCGAAAAUCGUUCUCGUCUCUGAAUACUAUGAGAAAGGAACACUGCUCGAACUGAUUCUGAGAGAACAACGGUUAAAAGAGGUUCCACAAGGAGUGCGCAUGUUUCGUCAACUUAUGGAAGCUGUCCACUACCUGCACGAAAGGAAUAUUGUCCAUCGAGACAUUAAACUCGAGAAUAUACUCAUUGACGCAAAUGGCGACGCUAAACUGGCCGACUUCGGAUUCGCCCGAUUUAUCGCUCGUCGAGAGAGGUCACGGUCUUUUUGUGGCACGAGACCAUAUUCUGCUCCGCAAAUAACGGUUUACAAACCCUAUGACUCGUACGCAGCGGACUGGUACGCUCUUGGAAUCGUUCUGUACACUAUGCUUGUAGGAAAAUGGCCAAAGGAUAAUCCGCCCAAUGUGCCAAGAACAACACUUUCGUUUCCGGAUUCUAUACCGUCUGCGCCAUGUCGCCGACUCAUCGCUUCCUUAUUGGAA